AUGAUAAGAAGAUUAGUAUUAAUAACCCAUAAAAACGUAACGAGUCCUCUACGAAUAAAUUGUAAGCAUAGGCAUUUACAUACUGAUGACAGAAUAGCAAAAGAAAUAAAGAUUCCAGUUCAGUGGGGUCAUAUAUCUGCAAAGUUGUGGGGAAAUGAACAAGAACAACCAAUUUUGGCAUUACACGGUUGGCAGGAUAAUGCUGGUACUUGGGACACUCUAGCACCACUGCUUUAUGAAAAGCGACCCAUUCUCGCUAUUGAUUUUCCAGGACAUGGACAUUCAUCUUGGUUUCCACCAGGUAUGAUGUAUUAUCCAUGGGAAUUCGUACGUUUAAUUCUCUUCAUAAGGGAAUAUUAUAAAUGGGAUAAAGUUUCACUACUAUGCCAUUCAAUGGGAGCUAUUGCAGGACUACGGUUCGCCAGUUUGUUUCCCGACGAAGUAGCAUUUUAUAUAGCAAUUGACAGUCUCGUUUCCGACGAUUAUGACUUACAUUUGGUGGUUGAUAAAUAUCCGAAAACCUUGCGAAAAAUACAAAUUGCACAAACACGUUUGGAAGACGAGCCGCCGUCCUACACAAUAGAAGAAAUGACAAAAAUCUGGCACAUGGGUACGAUGCAGUCUGUUGCCUUAGAGAGUGUUAAAUAUUUACUGAAAAGAGGCACGAAGCCAUCGAGUCGCGAUCCUAAUAAAUAUUACUUUUCAAGAGACUCAAGAUUAAAGCACACUUUAUUUAAUCCGGAGGACAAAAAGUUUGUAGAAGCCCUUGUUAAGAGAUUAUCUUGUCCUUCCUUAUAUGUGAAAGGUCUAGACUCUCCUUUUGCAUCAGACGAGUUUUCUGUAGAAAUGCGCGAACUGAUAAGAAAAAAUAAUCCUAAAUUUGAUUGUCAUUUCGUACCUGGUACUCAUCACGUUCAUUUAAACGAUCCUGAAAAAAUUGCGAAUUUAAUUCUGCCAUUUUAUCAGAAAUAUAAUCUAGUUUAA